GAAAUCCAUGCAGUGGUUUCAUGAACAUUAACCAAUCAGAGUGGAUCUAGCAUUACAAACUUUCCUUUUUGAACUCUGAACUCUGAAGCUGGGGUAUCCCUUCAGUAAACCAUGCCAAAAAGCUUAAAUUGAGAAUGAAAAUAAACAGACAAUUCUAACAUUCCAGCAGAUAGAGAUAUAACUGGUAUACAAUCAAAUUGACAAUGGCAUCACUUCACCCAACAGUAUCAGAGUAUUAUACAGAUAAAAAUGUUUUCAUAACAGGAGCAACAGGAUUUAUUGGCAAAGUCCUGUUAGAAAAACUGUUAAGGAGUUGUCCUAACGUUGGAAAUCUGUAUUUAUUAGUUCGACCUAAGAAAUCUCAAGACUGUCAUCAAAGGAUCACAGAAAUCUCACAGUCUCCGGUAUUUGACAAAGUCAGAGCUGAAAAUCCAAACUUUGACAAAAAGUUGAUUCCAAUCCAUGGUGAUAUAACAGAGGAAGGUCUAGGUAUCAGUGAAGAGAAUGUGGAGUUAUUGGAGAACCAGGUCAACAUUGUGUUCCAUAGUGCUGCUACAAUACGAUUUGAUGAACCUCUUAGUAACAGUGAGGAAAUAGAUUCAAGCAGUGCCAAAUCAGGCUCUGCAUUAAGAAUUGCCAUGGAAAUGAAUGUUUUAGGAGUAAGAAAAAUGAUUCAGCUGUGUAAUAACUUUAAGAAACUAGAAGUUUUUGUUCAUGUGUCAACAGCAUAUGCUAAUUGUGACCGACCAUUCAUAGAAGAAAUGGUUUAUCAACCUAGUGUAGAACCACAGAAACUCAUAGAUGCUUUAGACUGGUUAGAUGAUGAGAUGCUUGAUCAAAUUACUUCAAAAUUAAUUGGUGACAAACCCAAUACAUAUACCUUCACAAAACAGCUGGCGGAACAUUUGUUGAUAAAGGAAGGAUCAAGUCUACCUCUAGCAAUCUUACGUCCUUCAAUUGUUGGUGCUUCAUGGAAGGAGCCAUUUCCUGGUUGGAUAGACAACUUUAAUGGACCAAGUGGACUUUAUGUUGCAGCUGGUAAAGGAAUUUUACGAUACAUGAAUUGUGACGCAAUGGGAGUAGCUGACAUUAUUCCAGUAGAUAUACCAGUCAACAUGAUGAUCACUAUGGCAUGGUACACAGCAGUAUACAAGCCAAGUACAGUACCAAUAUUCCACAGUACCUCAGGAUCUGUAAAUCCAUUCACAUGGGGAGAAAUAGAGAAUGUAGUUAUGAAUUUUUGGAAGAAAGUUCCAUUAGAUUCCUGUUUCAGAAGACCAAAGGCACCAAUAGCUAAAUCUGGAUUUCUACUAGAUUAUUAUAUAUUUGUUAGUCAUAUGAUUCCUGCUUACUUUGCUGACUUAGGUUAUUGUAUGCUGGGAAAACGACCAAGAAUGGUAAAGAUUUACAAUAAGUUACACAGAGCUAUGGGAACAUUGACAUUCUUCACUACUCACUCUUGGGAAUGGACAUACAACAACCUAGACAUGUUAAAAAGUAAACUGUCACCCGAGGAUAGAAGGUUAUUUUAUUUUGAUCCACGAGGUCUACACUGGCCCACUUACUUAGAGGCUUAUUGUUUAGGAGCUAAGAAAUAUUUAUUGAAUGAGGAUCUGUCAGGAUUACCAGCAGCUAAAGCUCAUCUCAGAAACUUGAGAAACCUUAGAUACAUUUUCAAUACAGUAGUGAUAGUGGCCUUGUGGAGGGUAUUGGUAGCCCGAAGUGACAUUGCUAGAAAUCUGUGGGUGUUUAUAAUUGGACUUGUAACAAAAUUUGUUAAAUUCUUUCGAUUAACGAGUGCUGUGCGACGGUAACACAAUAUUGAGAUCAAAUAGCAUGUAUGAUUAUAGUGCUGAAGAACAGAUAACAGAAGUGCAGAAGUCCAGGAACAAAUAUUUGAAAUAAUUAUUUAUGUAUAAGUCCAAAUCAGGCUCCACUAGGGAAUGACAAUUUGUGAGAUAUGGUUAUUGUCAAGGCAACACUUUAAAUAACUGUCUUUCUAUCUUACCAAACAUUUAUUUUUUAUCAUAAGGAAAGACCUAUUUUUACAUGUAUGUCAGUUACUUAUUUAAAAAGAAAUUUCCCCUACCUAUAGCUUUAGAUGUUGCUGCUUAUUCCAAGGUCAUAAUUUUCUUUAAAAAGUACCAUUUACAACUAAUUGUUAUUUGGGAAUGAUUGAAAAAGUAUGGAAGUUGAUGUAAAAAGUUGUUGAUUAUUUUUAAAAUGAGCAUGUUAAAGUCAGUACAGCAAUAUGACAAUUAAUUGCUUUUUUGCUCCAAAUAAUUCUAGUCUAAACAAAAUAUUGUUUUGUCCUCAUUGUGCUUAAAUUACUUUCACUAAAUGUUACACAAGCAUCAAGGUGUUCAAGGGGAAUAACUUUGUAAAAAAGUAAAUCAUGAAUAAUGGGGAAAAGUCUUGAAAUGAAGAGAAUAAGUUGAUACUUUGAGAAUAGAAAUAUUUUCCUUUUGUUAUUAUCUGUAUAUCAAUAUACAUUUGUCUUUCUAGUUGCUUGUUACAUAUCUUCCUUUAUUUUUAUAUAAUUAUAUAUCUACUCUCUAAAGGCUAUUCCAUUUAACAAUAACCAAAACCUUGCUUAUUACCACACAUGGUAAACAUUGUUUUUAAUCUAAUGCACCUUUGUGUUUUUAAGUAUUUCAACUUUAUUGUGUGAAAAAUUGUUAUGUUAAUCAAUACAAUCUAGAAGACGCUGAAAACACUGAAACAACAAGAGAAAGUUGACUUUUACCAAACACAAGAAAUUAGAAGCAUAUUUGUAAGAAGACAUGUUACAUAGUAUUAUUGUUAAACUACAUGGCACAAGUCAUACACAGAAAUAUAUGACAGUGAUAAGAGGCAUUUACCCAUUUUCCAACUUUUGGAAUAUGUUAUGUAUAGUGGAAUAGCCCACAGUUAUUAAUGUAUGUAUUAGUUUAUUUUCAUCCUGUGCAUUGUUUACUAUGAAACUAUUGUAUUAUAGUAAUCUUAGCUUAACUUUUAUUCACAUAUUGCCUCUUAAACAUGAUUAUAUUACAUGUUUCUAUUUUAAAACAACAAAACUCUUUUUAAAUUAUUUUUUCAAUGCAAACAUAAACUUUAUUUAAAUUUUAUUGCAUGCUUACAUGUAUUGACAAAUGGUUAUUGUACAUUUUAUAAGAUUGUGAGCCCAUAUCCUUUUGAAGAAAUAUUGAGUUCAUAUCCAUUUCAUGAAAUUAUGAGUUCACAUCAGAUUCUUUUAAAAGAACAAAUGAAAAAUUUACACCACCCUCUCAUUAUCAGCAUUAUAGCGGAGUACUUGUAUAGUUGUCUUCAUUAAGAGAUCAAUUAAUUGAUAUGGGCUUGAAUUCAAAAAAGAGAAAUUAUAACAAUAUUUUUCUAACCAAGAAGAGUGAAAUUAAUGUGUUAUAAAAAUGAAAUCCUUUUAUUUACAGUAUUAUCUAUCUUAUUGCAUACACAUACAUAUUAUGGAAUGAGUUAAUUAUUGUAUACAUAUACAUAUUAUGGAAUGAGUUAAUUAUUAAGUGGAUCAUGGGUGUAGGAAUUUAUAAAUUGUCUUUUUAAGAUAUUACAUUGUUGGCAAUUUUUAAAUUUUUCCUUUGAAAUAUAUAAAGCCUAUUAUUUUUAAGAUUAUGGACAGGACUUGAUAUGUAAGAAAUCAUUUUUCAAACCUGAACACAGAUGUGAAAUGUGAUUAAAUGCACGUUAAUGAACAUUUGCGCAGAUAAUGAAUGAAAAAACUGCGUUCAAGUUCUUGUAAAAUGCCUUAAAUUGCUUAACUGGUGUUUCUACAAAAGGCUUAUUGAAGCAAUAAAGAAAUUGACAUAUGAUCAUGACCCCAAAGUAGCUUAAAAAUCAUGUGACAUUAAAGAAAACACCUAUGUUUACCUUUUGGUCAGGUGCAAGUGAUGUCACAGUAUCUAGCUUAUUUUUUAUAUGUUUCAUGUAUUUUAAGACCUUUUUAAGACGAUUACAAUUUGAAAUUAAAACAGUUGAUUUCAUAUCCUUUAUUGUUUGUUAUUACUGUGUGUUAAUGAUGUUGCUUUGUGUAGAAAGUAAGAUUUCCUAUAUCAUUUAAAGAUAACUCACCUUAUUAAAAGUAAUCCAAUAUCUUCUGAUUUAAUAUACAGAGUUUGUCUGUUGGUUUUUGUUCACAGAAAAAAUAUAGUCUUGAAAAAGCUUGUGAUAUAAGUGGAGAAAAUAUAGUUACUAUUUUGAAGAUAAGGUGUUAAUUAUGAAAUAUCUUAUAUGAAGAUAAAUUCUACAAGAUGUGUUUAUAAAUCCUUCAAAGAAAUAGUCAUAAGAUUUAAUUUUAGAUAAUUAUUUCCUCAUUAUUAUCUACACCCUGUCAGGAGAUUUUUUUAUGAUUUAUUUCUUCAUAAAUGUUUAAUGUAGAAAAGUCAUUCAUCAAUGAGAAAAAGAAUAAUUCUAAUCUUGUUUCUUGGUUAUUUACAUGUUCAUCAAAGUUUUCUUUAUCACAGCAUGCAAGCCAAUAAAUGGCUUAUUCUAUGUCUUAUAGGAAUUUAUUACUGCCAUUGUUAAACACCUUUGACUGUAUUUAUCAAUACUCUGCAAUUUUUCCAAAAAUGUUUCAACUGAAAAUAAAAUUCUUUUAAAAAUCU